GUUCUUCUCGCGCUGCAGAAGUCGAUGGUGAAAGCGCCGCUCGUCAACGUGAAUGCCUCUCGCGGACCGUCGAAGAUGAGAUACAAAAACUUCGCGCGCGAUUAAUGAAAUUCGAACCGUUUUUCCGACCGGGUUUGUUGUUAGAUUUUUCGAAUCGUGUGCCGCAGAGUUUCCACGGGAAGAGUUUCGAGUUGGAGAAUUUUCGAGUUGUCUGUCCGGUGAAAGGAUUUAUUGGAAAAAUUUCUCAGUCCAGCGCAUUUAAACAAAAAUGACCUCUAAUGGACUCCGAAACGAAAGCUACAGCGACGAUAAUUUAACGGACGAUGAAAGCUCGCCUCUGACCGAGAAUAUUUACAGCGGAAGCACGAGGACGGUGCAAGAGACCAAAGGAUGGGACGUGUUCCGAGAUCCUCCUAUCAAGGAGGUAUCCGGAUCGAUGGCGAAUCAAAAAUGCCUGGAAAUAUCCGUCAAGGUGCUCAAAGUAUUCGCCUAUUUGGUGACGUUCGUCAUCGUCUUGGGAUCGGGCGUCAUAGCCAAAGGAACGCUCUUAUUCAUGACGUCCCAACUUAGGGUAGAUAAAGUAAUUCAAUAUUGCAAUAGGGAUUUAGGUAGAGAAAAGCAAUUCAUAGUCAAAUUACCGACGGCCGAACGGGUAGUAUGGAUGUGGUGUUUGUUUUUCGCGUUCUGCGUGCCCCAAUUGGGCGUGCUGUUUCGCUCCACCAGAAUGUGCUACUUCAAAUCGUGGAAGAAACCGUCGUUCGCCCAUUUCCUGCUGUUUUUUCUAACAGAGACUGCCCAGACGGUCGGCCUGGCCAUCCUGAUCUUUCACGUACUGCCAGAAAUAGAUGUAGUCAAAGGGGCCAUGUUGACUAAUUGUCUUUGUUUUGUACCUGCUCUUUUAAGUUUACUGUCUAGAAAUAACAAAGAAUCCCAACGCUUCAUAAAAGUCAUCAUGGAUCUCCUGGCAAUUUCUGCGCAAGCCACCGGUUUCAUAGUGUGGCCCAUCAUGGAGGGCCGGCCGGACCUCUGGAUAAUACCCAUAUCUAUUUUCCUGAUAUCGUUGGGCUGGUGGGAAAAUUACCUGUCCAAAUACUCGCCGUUGCCGUUCAUAAAGAAAAUCGCCAGGAUCCGGAGCGAAUUCGACAAAACCAGAUACUUCAACUACAUGUUUCUGUCGGUGUGGAAAAUCGUCUGCUUUUUCAUAACCAUUCUCUUCGUGAUUUUGGCGAGGGAAGGAGAAGUCGGAUUUUUCUUCACCGAGUUUUCCGACGGUUGGGGUUCUCAUCCGAUAACAAUACUUGAGAUAAAAUCAGUAUUGGGCGGUACUUCUUUACCGGACAUAUCAGAAAUCAUUCCAACAGGCGACGAUACAGUAAUCCAAUCGAACGAUUGGACGCCCAUCUACGUACUAAUGAUCAACAUAUCAGCGGCCUAUUUGGCCUACAUAUUCGGCAAAUUCGCCUGCAAAAUCAUGAUCCAAGGAUUCUCGUACGCUUUCCCCGUCAAUCUCACCAUACCGGUCUCCAUUUCGUUGUUGAUAACGGCCUGCGGGCUGCGCAACGGCGACCCCUGCUUCUUCCACGACACCAUACCGGAUUACCUCUUCUUCGAAUCGCCGCCGGACGUGUUCCUCAACGACUUCAUCUCCCACCAGCACGCCUGGAUUUGGCUGCUGUGGCUGCUCUCGCAGACCUGGAUCACCAUCCACAUAUGGACGCCCAAAUGCGAGCGUCUCGCCAGAACCGAGAAGAUACAAGUCGUACCGAUGUACGAAGGUUUCCUGAUCGAUCAAUGCCUGGGCAUGAAUCGAAGACGCGACGACGAAGCCGACGUCAAGCCGGAGGAUUUGGACGAAAUCCAGAAGGAGAAAGCCGACGAGUAUUACGAAACCAUCUCGAACCACACCGACGGCUCCUCGCCCAAGACCGUGAAAAAUUCCGACAACAUCACCAGGAUAUACGCUUGCGCCACCAUGUGGCACGAGACCAAGGACGAGAUGAUGGAGUUCCUCAAGUCCAUUCUCAGAUUGGACGAGGACCAAUCCGCCCGAAGGGUGGCCCAGAAGUAUCUCAGAGUAGUCGAUCCGGAUUACUACGAAUUCGAAACUCACAUUUUCAUGGACGACGCCUUCGAGCUGUCCGAUCACAGCGACGACGAGACCCAGGUGAACAGAUUCGUCAAGUUGCUGUUGUCGACGAUAGACGAGGCCGCGUCGGACGUGCACCAAACGCACAUUCGCAUCCGCCCGCCGAAGAAGGUGCCGACGCCCUACGGGGGCCGGCUCAUCUGGCAGUUGCCCGGCAAGACGAAGAUGACUUGUCACCUGAAGGACACCACGAAGAUCAGGCACAGGAAGAGAUGGUCGCAGGUCAUGUAUAUGUACUACCUUCUCGGACACAGGCUGAUGGAACUGCCGAUUUCCGUGGACAGAAAGGCUACGAUAGCGGAAAAUACUUAUUUGUUAACUUUGGACGGUGAUAUUGACUUCCAGCCGUCGGCUGUGUUGCUGCUCGUGGAUUUGAUGAAGAAGAACAGGAACUUAGGAGCAGCAUGUGGUCGUAUCCACCCGGUGGGAUCCGGACCUAUGGUGUGGUACCAGCUGUUCGAGUACGCGAUUGGUCAUUGGAUGCAAAAAGCCACCGAGCACGUGAUCGGUUGCGUGCUCUGCAGCCCCGGGUGUUUCUCGCUCUUCAGAGGCAAAUCCCUAAUGGACGAUAACGUUAUGAAGAAAUACACCACCUGUUCGGCCGAAGCGAGGCACUACGUCCAAUACGAUCAAGGAGAAGACCGUUGGUUGUGCACGCUGCUACUUCAAAGAGGCUAUCGAGUGGAGUACUCGGCCGCUUCGGACGCUUACACGCACGCCCCCGAAGGCUUCAACGAGUUCUUCAACCAAAGGCGAAGAUGGGUACCGUCGACCAUAGCCAACAUCAUGGAUCUUCUAAUGGAUUCCAAACGCACCAUUCAAGUGAACGAUAACAUUUCGAUGCCCUACAUCGGCUACCAGAUUCUGCUUAUGGGCGGUACCAUCCUCGGACCCGGUACGAUAUUCCUUAUGUUGGUGGGAGCCUUCGUGGCUGCUUUCCAAAUCGACAACUGGACUAGUUUCUACUACAACAUUUGGCCCAUUCUGUUCUUCAUGUUUGUUUGCUUCACUUGCAAAUCUAAUAUUCAAUUAAUCGUCGCUCAAAUAUUAUCCACCGGCUACGCUCUGAUCAUGAUGGCUGUAAUAGUAGGUACAGCAUUGCAAUUGCGCGAAGACGGCGUGGGAUCCCCGUCGGCCAUAUUCCUCAUCGCGAUGACCGGCUCGUUCAUGAUCGCCGCCAUUCUGCAUCCGCAGGAAUUCUGGUGCAUCGUACCCGGCAUCAUUUACCUCCUGUCGAUCCCCUCGAUGUACCUGCUGUUGAUCCUCUACUCCAUCAUCAACCUCAACAACGUCACUUGGGGCACGCGCGAAGUGCCCGUGAAGAAAACCAAAAAGGAGCUGGAGGAGGAGCGCCGGCAGGCCGAAGAGGCCAAGAAGAACGUGAAGCAGAAAUCCCUGCUGGGCUUCCUGCAAAACGGCGGCAUAAACAACGACGACGAAGGCAGCAUUGAAAUAUCUCUAGCGGGACUGUUCAGGUGCAUGCUGUGCACGCACCAAAAAGCUGGAGAUGAUAAGGCGCAACUGAUACAUAUAGCCGAUUCCCUGGAUAGUUUGUCCAAACGAUUGGACAAUAUCGAAAGAGCAAUAGACCCGGCCGGUCACCACUCGAGGAAGCGAAGCAUGUCUUCUUCCUCCCGUCAUGGAGAUCACCUGAGACCCGUCAACGAGGAAGAAGAAUCCUCAGACGGAUCAGACGAUGAGACUGCUUCGAUUUCGCCGCAAAACAAACGGGACGAUUUAGUCAAUCCGUACUGGAUAGAAGAUCCUGAUGUAGGCAAAGGCGAAGUGGAGUAUCUCAGCAGCAACGAAUUGCAAUUCUGGAAGGACCUCUUGGAGAAGUAUCUAUAUCCUUUGGAUGAGAACAAAGAGGAGAAGGCCCGAAUAGCAGCCGAUCUGAAGGAGCUAAGAGACCAAUCGGUGUUCGCGUUCUUUAUGAUGAAUGCACUGUUUGUGUUAAUUGUAUUUUUGCUGACCCUGAAAAAAGACUACCUGCAUAUCAAAUGGCCGUUCGGAGUGCGCACUAAUAUCACAUACGACGAAACGACGCAAGAGGUUCACAUCUCGAAAGAGUACCUCCAACUGGAACCCAUCGGUCUGGUGUUCGUCUUCUUCUUCGCCUUGAUCAUCGUCAUCCAAUUCGUUGCCAUGUUGUUCCACAGAUUCGGCACCUUGGCCCACAUACUCUCCUCCACCGAGCUCGACUGGUCUUGCACCAAAAAGAAGGAAGAAAUGUCCCCGAACGCCCUGCUGGACAAACAGGCCGUGGAGAUAGUCAAGCAACUCCAACGGCUCCAAGGCAUCGACGGCGACUACGACAACGACUCCGGCUCGGGACCCGACCGAAUCGGCCGCAGGAAAACCAUCCACAACCUGGAGAAGGCGGCCCAGAAGAAGCGCCAAAUCGGCACCCUCGACGUCGCCUUCAAGAAGCGCUUCGCCAAACUGAACGCCAAUCCCGACGGAGGAACGCCGGUGCUGAGCAGGCGGAUGACGAUGCGCAGGGAGACGAUGAAAGCGCUGGAGGUGCGCAUCAAUUCGGUGAUGGCGGAGCGCAGGAAAUCGCACAUGCAAACGUUGGGGGCGAAGAACGAGUUCAACGCGACCAACAACAACGUGCAGAGGACGCACAGGAGCAGCGUGGCGAGCAGCAUACCGGCGAAGGAGAUCUUCGAGAACGGGCACGUGAACAAGGCCUACGCCGAGGAUGAGAUAUACGGCAGCAGGAAUUCGCUGCCGAUGCACCCGAGAGGGAGCAACGGUAGUUGGUUGGGUAACAACAGCAGGAUGUGAUGAGUGGUGUUAUUCGAGUGGGUUAUUCGAUAAGACUGUAUACGAG